GAUGAAUCAUCAGAGGCAAACAGGAUUAAGUGCGGAUGACAGAUGUCUGGUGUUCACUGCUGCUGCUGGGCUUUUUCUGUAUUUUUACAGACUUAUCAUUUUGUUACCGUGGUACUGAUCCUGGGAUCCAUAACGUAAUACAUCAUCACACCAACACCCAACUGGAGUCCCGACAAGAAGACAGCAUGGCUGCCCAAAAACAAGGCCUGUCCGGGGGUAAUGACUCACCGGAAGAAGCUCAGCAACAUAUAGCGGCUCUGAUUCUGGCUAGAGGGGGAAGCAAAGGGAUCCGGCUGAAGAACAUCAAGCGGCUGGCCGGGAUUCAUCUGAUCGGCUGGGUGCUGAGAGCGGCCAUCGACUCGGGAGAGUUUAACAGUGUUUGGGUGUCAACAGACCAUGAUGAAAUUGAAAAAGUAGCAAAAUCCUGGGGGGCCAAAGUCCACCGGAGGAGCCAAGAAGUCUCCAAGGACUCCUCCACUUCCUUGGAGACAAUUCAGGAGUUUCUCAAGAAAAACACAGCCUGUAACAUCCAGGUGGUCUGUAACAUCCAGGCUACGUCUCCGUGUCUCCAUCCGACUCACCUAAAGGAGGCCCUGAAGAAGAUCAAAAAGGACGGAUACGACUCCGUCUUCUCAGUGGUCCGGAAAUACCAGUUCCGCUGGAAGGAGGUCAAGAAAGGAAGUGAUGAAUGCACUCAGCCGGAGAAUCUGAACCCUGCGAAGCGUCCACGGCGUCAGGACUGGAACGGGGAACUGAUUGAGAACGGCUCAUUUUACUUCGCCACCAGAGACCUCAUCGUGAAGGAAGGGCGGCUGCAGGGCGGAAGGGUCGCCUACUUUGAGAUGGAGCCGCAGCACAGCGUGGACAUCGACGUGAACAGUGACUGGCCUUUGGCAGAGCAGAGAGUACUCACGUACGGUUACUUUGGCCGAAGAGUGUCUCUGAUGUUCUGUGAAGUUUCCGGAUGUUUGACCAAGAGACGGGUCCAAGACAGGCCUAGAGAGUCCCCUCCUUAUUGCCUCAGGCCAAGACAGCCCUCUGCUAAGGGCUCCGUCCACAGCAGAGACACAGAAAGAUCGAGUGUCUCCAUCCACAGCAGAGACAGAGAAGGACUCAGGAAGCUGCAGAAAGACAAUGUGGAGGUGGUGCUGCUGACCUCUGAGGAGGACGUGCUCAGUUCAUUAAGACAGAAGCUUAAGCUUAAGACGAUGAGGAAAUGUGAAGUGAUGCUGGUCGGAAAGGAUCCACUAAAAGAUGUGCAGUCAAUGGUGGAGAAGAGGAAGCUGGACUGGAAGGAUGUGGCCUACAUGGGCUGUGACACAACGUCCAUCAGCUGUCUGGAGAAGGCGGGUCUGAGCGUGGCGCCGGCAGACGCCCCGCGUAAAGUCAUCCAAGCCGCCAAGUUGCUCUGUGAGAGCCGCAGUGGCGCAGGCGCAGUGUGGGACUUCGCCAAACACGUCAGGCUUCAGAUGAAGCAGGACGGGACCGACCAUAACUGCUUCUGAUGUCCAGGAAACAGACACGUUCUGUGUGAAGCACUCGGGUCGCCACGGCAACGGAACGGAUCUUCUUUUUUCCUUUUCUUUAUUGAUAAUAAAGGGGUUUACAAAA